AUGGGAAAUACACACUCGAACUCUAACGCUAGGAUGGCGGGCAUCGGAAACCUCAUCGCCGAGGUGGGCAACGACAUCCAGUACGACAAAGGCAUAGGUAAUUCACGCUUUCUUCGCGCUGUGCGAGCUAGGCACAAGUAUGGUCGAAUCGUCGUCAAGACUUUCGUCAAACCAGACCCUUCCAUGAGUCUUAAAAGUCUUGUCAAACACAUCCGCAUCGAACGAGAAUCGUUGGCAGACGUACCAAAUGUCCUGACGUAUCAGAAGGUGGUCGAAACCGAGCGUGCAGGCUACUUGAUUCGACAAUGGCUGCACAGCAACCUCUAUGACAGAAUCAGUACCCGCCCUUUUCUCAACGCAGUCGAAAAGAGAUGGAUCACCUACCAGCUGCUACAUGCGAUGCGAGAUACUCACGCCCGCGGCAUCUCCCACGGCGACCUGAAAUGCGAAAACGUCCUCGUUACAACCUCACUGAUGAUCUACGUUACCGACUUUGCAUCGUCGUUCAAGCCCACAUUUCUCCCUCUCGACGACCCAUCCGAUUUCUCCUUUUUCUAUGACACUUCGGGACGUAGAACGUGCUACUUGGCGCCUGAGCGCUUCUACGAGGCUGGCUCUAAGCAUGCACCCGCAAUGGCAGGGAUGGUCGUCAACAACUCUGAUAUGCUGGAGCGUCUUGGAGGUGUCCAUGCCGGUCUAUCUGGUCUUGGAAGGCAAAGCGACAAGGUCACGCAAGCAAUGGACGUCUUCUCGAUGGGAUGCGUCAUUGCCGAACUCUGGCGCGAAGGCGCCCCGACCUUCACUUUGAGCCAGCUCUUCAAGUAUCGCGAAGGAAUGUUUGAUGUCGAUGCAAUGCUUGCUGGCAUUCCAGACGAUGCGGUUCGCGAUCUGGUAAGAAGCAUGAUAGCUUUAAAUCCCUCCGACCGCAAGACGUUCGAGCAGUACUUAAAAGAUGGCCGCGGCACCGUCUUCCCAUCGAACAUCCCGGACUUUUUCCACGAGUAUCUCGUCGAGCUUCAGCGUACUUCUCCUGCUAACCUUAGCUAUACAAACGCAGCUGGAGCAGCGCCGUCCGUUGACAGCACGGCGAGCGGAUCCAAUACAUCGGUCACUGCCCUAUCGAUGCGGUCCGAAGCAGCAAGCCGCCAAGCACAACGGGCAGAGAGCGACGAACGUAUUGAGAAGCUCUACGAGGAAUGGUCUGACAUCUUUCCAUUCUUUGACGAUCCCACCGAUCGUGCGAAUGCAAUGGCGCCAGUAAUGGGCGCGUCCGGGAUAUCAGCGCGCUUGGAUGGCAUCCUCAAUCGCUUUGCUUUCCAGUCAAGUUUUCAGCAGCCAUCAGAGGCUGAAGCUGCAGACCCCGAGAAACUAAGCAAAGUCGAUGUCGAGAAUGUCUUUCCCGUCCAUCUCUGCAUCCCCGGCCUUCCUCCUCAGCAGGCCUUGCUGCAUGAAGAUGGGGCUCAAGUUGACGGUACAGCGCAACUAGUGCUCUCCGUCAUCCUCGCCAACCUACGAAAUUGCAUUCGGCCCUCAUCAAAGUGCCACGCACUCGAGCUGCUCAUUCAUCUAUCAACUCGAUGGCUCACUGACGAGACCAAGCUGGAUCGCGUCUUGCCAUUUGUCAUGUCGCUCUUCGACGAUGACUCUUCGCAUGUCAGAAUGGCCGCCAUCCGCAGCUGCGUACAGACACUCCUCUUGGUCAAGAUCGUGACACCCUCCAACGCAUCCAUCUUUCCCGAAUACAUCAUGCCCAACAUCAAGCAACUCGGCCUCGACCCGUCUACGCCGGUAAGAUGCACGUUUGCCGCUUCCAUCGUGCCCCUGGCCGAGACGGCAGAACGCUUCUUGCAGAUGUCGCAGGCGAUGAGGGCGGAGGGCCUUUUUGCUGUCGAGCGCGACCUUAAUGGUGGCUUUAUUGAUGACCAGCCCAACGAGUCCAACUAUGACGAGCAGCUCCGCACUUUCCAGGCGCUGCUGCAGGAGAUCAUUGUCACCCUUCUGACUGAUCCAUCUGCAUCAGUCAAGCGUGCGCUUCUUUCCGACAUUGCUCCUCUCUGUCGCUUCUUUGGUAUGGCCAAGACCAACGACGUCAUGCUUAGCCACAUGAUCACCUACCUCAAUGAUCGCAACUGGCUGCUCAGGGAAGCCUUUUUUGACAUCAUCGUUGAUGUUGCCGAGGUCUCGGGUAAUCGCAGUCUGGAAGAAUACAUCCUUCCUUUGAUGGCUCAGGCGCUUUCGGACCUGGAGGAGAAUGUGGUUUAUCGUGUCAUCAACGGGCUUCGCAACAUGACAGAGCGCAACUUCUUGGAUCGCGCACGGCUUUUGUCGCUGCUGGAAACGACGAUCGGUUUCCUGUGUCAUCCGAAUCUCUGGCUGAGACAAGCCUCUGCAGGGUUCAUCGCGGCAGCAGCUAUCAAACUAGAAGAUGUUGACGUCUGGGCGAUACUCUUUCCCUCACUGCGUCCUCUCUUGCGAGCAGAUGUGCAAGAUUUUGAUGAAGUCACUUUGCUUGAUAUGGCCAAGCCCCCACUCACCCGGUCGGUGUACUCAGCUGCGCUUGCGUGGGCUUCUCAAGCUUCGAAUUCGGCCUUCUGGAAAGGUCAAACCGAAGGCAAAGAUCAAUGUGGCCUCAAGAAUGGGCUUACAACAGAAGGUGUAGGACUGCUGCUGGGGAAAAACGGCCGCGAGCUCAUCGUACCAGCCAGAGGCCGCAGUGAUGAGGAUGACCGUUUCCGAGACAAGCUGAGAAGUCUAGGAAUGGAAGACGAGGACGAGAUCAAGCUCGUAGCUCUGCGUAGCAUCAUUCGACGUCUGUCGAAGCAAGGUUCCAAGAUUCCAUCCGGUCAGGCCGAGUGGGAAGUGGCUGGCGGAGUGAGCGGAGCUGCUGGUCCAAGCGCAGAGAGCGGCAGCACUCACGCUAAAGUUGUGAUUGAGCCGCAACCUCUGGACGGCAUCACACCUCAGACAAUCUUUUUUAGCAGCAAGAUGGAUCAGCGCGCGACGCCUGUCACAUCGGAAAGCGCCAGUACGCAAACAAGUACCUUUCGAUCGCAGGACGACGCUUCCUUCUCCGCUCAAGUUGCCAAACGAAGGCUACUGGGAAAUCGCACCCCGAGCGAGAGUUCCUACACCAGCCCGAUCGCAGAGCUCAGGCGACGAAUUACUACAGGUACCACUGCUGAAUCGCAGCCGUCUACGUUUUCCACGCGUCUCUCUAGCCUGGCUGAGGAGCACGUACAAAGCCAGCAGCGCAGCAACGCUAGCCAGGGUCCCGGUCUGAUUCCUUCAAAUGCUUUGUCGCAUCAGACUCAGACGAGACUAGGUGUUGGCAAAGCGAGCGCGGCGGUGGCAUCUACAGCGCUAACCGCGACAGGGACAAUGACAGAGGCCUCGGCGCGAACUCGUGCCCAGCAUGCAGCGACUGCACAAGGAUCGUCCAGACCCACACCGACCGGUUCGCGCGCCUCGACGGUUCGGGAACAGGGUGACGCCGGCGGCGCAACAAAACUUGGUGCUGCGACUGGUGUGGACGGCAGAUUUAGUGUUGGCUUUACAAGUACAUACGAUGGCAAUGACCCUUACAUCCGCGCCCAUCUCGAGGCAGUCUACUCGGACUUGUUCCGGGACCGUCCCGAGCUAGGUCCAAAAAUUCACGCAGGUGUUGCUCGUCGGAAAGGCGGUGCACCAUGGAACCGCACCUCGGCGCUUUCUCGCGUUCCCACUUCAAGCGCCAGCAAGCGCCGGCCUGAAGGGCGGCUGAUCGCGUAUUUUACCGAGCACUCGGCUGCGAUCACCUGCCUCGCUCUUUCUCCCGACCAUGCGUACUUUGUUUCUGGCUCGCAGGAUGGAACGCUGAAAGUCUGGGACACGGCGCGACUGGAAAAGAAUGUGACUUCGAAAUCUCGAGCAACCUACUCGGCUCAAAAGGGUGGCAUCACGGGCAUCAUCGCCAUCGAAGGUUCUCACUGCAUCGCCUCGACAGCCACCGACGGCUCCCUUCAUGUGUGGAGGAUCGACAUGGUACAAUCGACAUCCUCUGUACCUCGAUACGGCCGACCUAAGCUGGUCUCCAACUUCCAGUUAAGCACGCCAGACGAAUACGCGACUUGCUUGGUUCAGAGCAAUACCGAGACUUCGUCGCAUCUGAUUCUCGGUACGACGCUCAGCAGGUUGACGGUCCUGGAUUUGCGGACGAUGCAAGUGCUGCAAACGCUUCGCAAUCCGGUCGAGUUCGGUCCGAUUUCGUGUCUUGGCGUCGACCGCAAAAAGACCUGGUUGCUAGUGGGGACUUUAUCGGGUGUAGUUUGUUUGUGGGACUUGAGGUUUGGACUAAGGUUGCGCGCAUGGCGCGUUGGGCCAAUCGAUGGUGGGACAAUGUAUAGAGUCAAUAGGAUCGCAAUUCAUCCGAGCAAGGGGAGGGGUAGGUGGGUUUUGGUUGCUUUUGAAAGAAUUGGCGAAGGUGGCGCGGAUGGCAAAGAUGGUGGUGUCGAACAGCCCCAAGUCCUGGUGGAGACAUGGGACGUUGACCGCGGUGUGCGUGUCGAGACAUUCGAGACGCAGCACGAGGUGAAUGUAGAGGCAGCAACCAAGGUGAAUCGAAGCACAAAAUUGUGCCCAGUCAGCGAAGGUGCAGAUGCUCGCGCCGAAGCAUCCAAGGCUGCGGGGCUGGGCGACAGUGGCAGCUCCGGUCGCAAUGCGACGGCCGGUGCCAAGUACAGGCAUGACUCCAUGUUGACAGGUGCUGCGGCUGCUAUCGAAAAGCUGCUACAGCAGCAGCAGACGCAGCAGACGCAGCAGACUCAGGGUCGUAUGCAGCCUGAGGCUCGAUCGGAGAACGGAGAGGGUGUUGCGUCAUCGUCCACGAAUGGUGGGCACACACAAGCGGGCCAUGUUUCGACGAAGGUCAGAGUACAAAGUAGUGCAGUCAAAGCAUUAUUCGUCAGUCUCGAGGGCUAUUCCAGCUCCUCUCUUUGCCACACUAUGGCGUCGGCGACAGUAGCUACUGCGGGUGAUGUCAGCAGUGGCGUAGCGCAAGAACUGGGCACCGAGACAAGCGAUGGCACCGAGACGAUGCACGCCGAGACGGGUGGCGGGUGGCUUGACGUAGCGAAGCUUUCGCGAGGUCCGGAUCGCAUGCGCACGGGCGCGGGCUUGUGCAGCACGAACGCGGACGCAGCAAGCGGCGCGACGACGGUGAACAACCACGCCGGUACGGGACCAGGCGGCUACAUGAUCACUGGUGGAUCCGACGCUUUAUUACGAUUCUGGGACCUGGGCAAGCCUGAAAAGAGCAUGGUCUUGGGGGUUGCUCCACACGUCAAGCCUGUUGCUUCCGGACCCGCGUCUGUGGUCGGUGUCAACGGAGCCAUGGUCGCCAUUGACCCCCGCUCCGACUUCUGCACCCUCAGCGCCGCUCGACCCCCGACCAGGAUCGUGCACACCAUGUGGUUCGACCACUCGGACCGCACGCACGACGCAGCUCGAGCCACAGCCGCACGUCUCAAAUCUCCGCUGCUUCCUGGCCACACCGCCAUCUACGCGCACAUGUCCCGAGCACACAGGGACGCAGUCACCGACAUACUGCUCAUUGAAUCGCCAUUCAGGUGCAUCGUCGCCGGCGAUCGAAGCGGAUGCAUCCGAGUGUGGGAGUAA